CUUGUUUUGUGAACAGCACCUCAACUGCCGAAAAAAGGUGCCAGGACUACAUCAAUUCCAACUUUAUCUGAAGACAAAUUCAAAAGAGUACAUGCAAAAUGACUGUCAGAGGCUGGAUGUGCCUGGUGCUGUUCUGCCUGUGUUGCAAUCAUGAGAUCCAGCCUACUGCAUGUACACCUUUGUGGAUGAAACGAAAGUUCCCCUGUGACGUCUCAGCCAAUAAUGCCUCUAAGAUUGUGUUUGACUGUAGCAAACGUCUCCUGAAACAUGUACCUGAUGGGAUAACUCGCAAUGUAACUGUGCUCGACUUAUCGCUGAAUGACAUCAAGAAUAUUUCAAAGACUUGUUUUUCUGAACUGCGGAAUCUUACGGUGCUCAAUCUCAAUGAGGCAAACAAAAACAGACUGGUGACCAUCGAUUCUCAGACGUUCAAGAAUCUGACAAAAUUGCAUACACUGAAAUUGAGUGGCAAUUGUCUAACAAAAGUCCCUGACAAUCUGCCAGUCAGUUUGAGAAACCUCGAGCUUAACAACAACAAGUUUCUGUAUUUGGAUCAAAGCAUUCUUUCUGGCCUAACAAAUGUGACAAGCCUGUGGUUAUCGAAAAACUGCUUCAGCUGGAAUCGAUGUAACAAAACUGUUCAAAUUAUGAAUGACAGUUUUGGACACAUGACCAAGCUGCAGAAACUGGAUUUGUCCUUUAAUAACUUAACCUGUGUUCCCAAAAAUCUACCCCAGUCACUUCUUAUGUUAAAUCUGGCUUCUAAUAGAAUAGAGUACAUAUCUGAGGAUGAUUUAAUUGGACUACAUAAUUUAAAGACCUUGAAAAUACAAGGGAACUGUCCAAGAUGUCAAAAUGCUCCAUUUCCUUGUGUCCCUUGCAAAAACAAAUCUCUUCAUAUCCAUCCUAAUGCAUUUUACAGUCUAACAAAGCUUCAAUCCCUGAAUCUAGGAGGAAAUUCACUAGACCAUCUAAAAUCCUCCUGGUUUGAGAAGCUGAGCAACCUCAAAGAACUGUUUCUCGCAUUUAAUUUCUUACAACAAGCAAUAACCGGGGAAGCAACAUUUUUAAAAAACCUACACAAACUGGAGAAAUUGGAUCUCUCAUUCAACUUUGCACUGAAGUCCUACCCUCUAACGUUAAAUCUUUCGAGUGACUUUUCAAGUCUUGUGUCACUUAGAACAUUACAUUUGCAAGCUUUGGUUUUCCAAACAAUUGGGCCACAUACACUCAAGCCACUAUAUGGGCUCAAAAAUCUAUCUGCAUUGAAUUUAGGAACAAACUUCAUUAUUCAGUUUACUCCCAACAUAUUCAGCAAUUUUCACCAUCUGAAAAUGAUUUACCUUGCAGAAAACAGACUGUAUCCCAUUUCAGUAAAAGAUCCUCCACAUCCAAAUAAUGGUUAUAGCGAGAGGUCAAGGGACCUUUCAAUUUCACCUCUCAUUAAAUCGCAUCCAAAAGACUUUGCAUUUGAGAUAUCGCACAGUCUUGUUAGGAAAGAGUGUUUUGACUCUGGACGAGUGCUAAUUCUGAGCUCAAAUAACCUUUUUUUCAUCAGUCCAGAGCAACUGAAGGUCUCUGAAGAUAUUGCAUGUCUUAACCUCUCAGGAAAUGGAUUUUCAGUAGCACUUAAUGGAACAGAAUUCACAGCAUUGCCUAAUCUGACCUACCUGGAUUUAUCAUACAAUAAAAUUGACCUGGUCUAUAACCAUGCCUUUCAAGAACUACAGAAACUACAGGUACUAGACCUCAGUCACAAUGCUCAUUACUUUAAAGCAUAUGGGGUAACACAUAAUUUAAAUUUCACACAAAAUCUGCCUGUUCUGAGAGUACUAAAUAUGAGUUAUAAUGGCAUUUCCACAUUAACAUCAAAACAUAUGAGCAGUAAAUCACUAGCAGAGCUACAAUUUCAAAGAAAUUAUCUCGGCACUCUUUGGAAGAAAGACGAUAGAACAUACUGGGCUCUUUUCACUAAUCUUACUAAUCUGACAAUUUUAGAUAUAUCUUACAACAACAUUGCAAGGAUUCCAGCAAAAGUAUAUGAUCAUUUGCCACGUAACCUCACCAAACUAAGAAUAAGUCAUAACAGACUUGUUGAGUUUUUAUGGGAGAAGCUGAAAUAUUUUCAUCACCUUCAAAUAUUAGACCUAAGUUACAAUUAUUUAUCUGAUAUAAUGAUUAAAGAAAAUUUUGCCCAUAGUUUGACUUUGCUUGACUUGAGUCAUAAUCACAUUUUCCACUUGGACAAUGGAUUUUUAAAAGGUGCAAACAGCCUUAAGACUCUCAGUCUUAGUAACAACAAACUGACUAUUGUCAAUCAAUCAACCUUCUCAUCAACACCUGAGAAUCACAUCCAAACUUUGUACCUGCAGAAAAACCCUUUUCAGUGUACAUGUGAUUCAUUAAAUUUCAUUCUAUGGAUUGAAAGAAGCCCGAUAAAGAUCCCUAGAUUGACUACUGACGUGAAAUGUGACACACCUGCAAACCACAAACCUCAAGUACUAAUCUUCUUUGACAUAGAACAGUGUGUAAAUGACAGUCAGGCAUUUUUGAUCUACAUUCUUACAAGUUCCUUCAUCAUUAUUUCCAUGAUUGUCACAACAAUUGCUCAUUUGUUUUAUUGGGAUGCGUCCUAUGUCCUGCACUAUUGGAAAGCUAAACUGAACGGAUACCAAUCUUUCACCUCACCUGACAGUGUUUACGACGUUUUUGUGACUUAUGACACCACAGACCCACAUGUUUCUGAGUGGGUGAUGGGGAACCUGCGGGUGAAACUAGAAGAGGAAGGAGAGAAGCAUCUCCCUUUGUGUCUGGAGGAGAGGGAUUGGCCUCCCGGAGUACCACUGGUGGACAACCUUACUCAGAGCAUCCGAUACAGUCGAAAGACACUGUUUGUCUUAACAGAGGGUUAUGUUAAGACAGGGGUUUUCAAGCUAGCCAUGUAUUUGGCCCAUCAAAGACUGCUAGAUGAGAACAUGGAUGUAAUCGUACUGUUAAUGCUCGAGGAUGUGCUGCAGCACUCUCACUUCCUGCGCUUGAGGAGGAGGUUGUGUGGGAAAAGUGUUGUGGAGUGGCCAAAAACUGCAGCAGCCGAGCCCUGGUUUUGGCAAAACCUAAGAAGUGUAGUCAGAGUAGACAAUGAGGCCAUGUAUAACAAGACCUAUUUAAAUUAUUUCACCAGUAGAUGAAAUCACAGUCGACUGUCUUGGAAAUGCAUGAACUCACACAGUUCUUCAGGCCUCGAUCAAGACUUUUAUCCACUUUUUUAAAAAACUCAUUGCAUGUCUUGUAAUUUCUGUAAAAACUAUAAUAAAUGAAUAAACUCUAUUUAAAUUAUUUUCCAUCUUCACUACAUAUAAUCUAGAUCAUAGCACACAUAAGGCUGUAUCUUAUUUGGCACUAUUACCCUUGUUGCUUUUAAUUUGUCAUUGCUGCACUGUCGGUAUUUAUUCAGGUCUUUUUUUUUUCCAAUCCUAGAUUGCAUUUAACUUGUAUGAGGUUAUGUAUUGCAAUUAUCUGUCGUUUUUUUUGUUCAAUGUGUUGUAUUUGUUAAUUAUUGAACUGCACUAAUAAAGUUCCUCACGGA